ACAUCAUUUUUUGUCAAAUAAAAGAACAAGCUGAGUGUAUAAAUAGACUUAGCUUUCAGAUAUCACUUGCAAAACAACAUGGGAGAAGAACUCAAGCUUCACAGAACAUGGUCAAGCCCAUUUGGUUUGAGGGCCGUUUGGGCACUACAUAUCAAAGGAAUCCAUUAUGACACCAUUUUUGAAGAUUUAAGUCAGAAGAGCCCUGAACUCCUGCAGCAUAAUCCUGUUCACAAAAAGAUUCCUGUGCUUGUACACAAAGGCAAACCAAUCUGUGAAUCACUGGUGAUUCUCGAGUAUAUUGACGAGACUUGGAAGGAAGCUCCUUUGUUACCUCAGGACCCUUACGAGAAAGCCAUAGCGCGUUUUUGGGCAAAAUUUGGGGAUGACAAGCUUCUGCCAUCAAUAUGGAGUGUUUUCACAGGACAAGGAAACGAGAAAAACGAAGCUCUUGGUCCAGCAGUACAAAAUCUAGAACUCCUUGAAGAGCAACUGAAAGAGAAGAAAUUUUUUGGUGGAGAGGAAAUAGGAUACCUGGACCUUUCACUUGGUUGGUUGGCAUAUCUUCUUGAUGUAUUUGAAGAGGUAAUCGACCUGAAGUUGCUUGAUGCAGCCAAAUUACCUCUCUUAUCAGCAUGGAUGAAUAACUUUUAUGAUGCUCCAGUAAUCAAAGAACACUGGCCACCUCGAGACAAAUUAGUAACCAAAUUCCAGCUGCUUCAUGAAAAUUACCAGAAAGCACUUGCUGCUAAAUGAACUAGUUUGUGAAAGUUGCUGCUGUAUUAUAGUUCAUGGAAAUAACAACAAACUCCAUCAGCUGAUGGCUAAGCCGCUUGUAUCAAGUUUUGGAUGUUUUCUGGACUAUCAGGAAUAAAAGUUAUGAAAUUCUUACUUGGCUA